AUGCAGUACUCGGGCAAGGAGGGCGACAAGUACAAGCUGAGCAAGGCGGAGCUGAAGGAGCUGCUGAACAAGGAGCUGCCCAUCUUCGGGAGCAAACAAAUGGACGAGGCCGAGUUCAAGCGGCUGGUGAACGACCUGGACCACAACAAGGACAGCGAGGUGGAUUUCAAGGAGUACGUUUGUUUCCUGGCCUGCAUCACCAUGGGCUUCAACGAGUUCUUCAAGGACGACCCCAGCAAGCAGCACCGCAGGAAGUGAAGCUGCGGGCCCGAGCUCUCAAUAAAAGCUUUUCCCCUGU